CAACCACUGAGUAACCACGCCGGAAUUUUGGAUUUUUAGAUUUUUCUGCAUAUAUAUUUUCUGAGCCCUAAUACUUUAUUGUGAAAUAUUAUUCGUCGCUUCUAGGGAUUUACUAUGGAAAAUACAGUGAAACGUAAUGUGAGAUAUCAAAAAUGUACUAUUUGUGGUCUAAAGAGGACCCCUGGACUGGAGCCAAUGUAUUUUUGAAGAAGUUUCCACUUGAUCCAGAUCGUUUUCAAGAUAUAACAAAUUCAGAGAAUGUGCAAUGGAAUGAAAAUAUUUUAUCUAAAAAUGCUGAAUACAGCUUUCUCCCUUUGCCCUCUACUUCGCAGGCACCACAAGGACUUACUUUUGAAAAAACACUAGUUUCCCAGAAUGAAUCAGUAGAAAAUGUUAAAGUUCCUGUUCGCAACUAUGAAAGAAUUGUGGGAAAACCUAAUAGAAAUAGAGAUUCUACAUUAACUGAACGUGAGAAGAUCCUGCUGAGUCAUUUGACUCAAACUAAAUUAAGCUUAAAGCGUUUGGCAGUCGAAAUGCGAACUGUGAGGAAGACGCUAAUAAAUUGUUUGUAGCUUAUAACGAUAUUAGCGGGGUCCGCACUGACAUGCCUAAUAGAAAUAAUAAUGAUGACAUUCAAGUUGUUGAUGAGAUAGUUUAUCCUGUUUUGUCUUUGCCCAAUGAAAUCGAUUUCUUUGUAUAUGAAAAUGAUUUAUGUAACUUUUUGGAGCAGCCAGUAGUAUAUGUUAGUGGUUAUUUAGCUGCAAAAUUAUUAGAUAGAACGAAAUGUCAGUAAUGUAAAGAUUCGUUAAAAGUUGAUAAACCAGUAGACAACUUAAACAAUUAUAUUAGUUUUAAAGAA